CCGCCGCUCUUCUUCACUCAUCGCUCUUAGCAAUGAACCCUCCCGCUUCGCCGAAAUCCCCCUUCUCAACUUCUCCGCAACUUCUUCUUUUCAUCUACACCGUCCUCGCGCCCAAUCGCUGGAAGACUCCUUGCCAUCUUCUUCAUCGCCUUCAUCCGGAGAGCCCGUCGCCGUCGAGGCGUUCUCCUGGCCUGCAGUUGUUCUUCCGUUUUUGUUCCCGGCUCUGGGUGGCCUUCUCUUUGGAUACGACAUCGGCGCCACCUCUGGGGCUGUUAUUUCCUUGCAGUCAGCAGAGCUCAGUGGGACUAACUGGUUCAAUCUCUCAGCUGUACAGCUUGGUUUUGUGGUCAGUGGUUCUCUAUAUGGAGCUCUUGCUGGAUCUCUCAUAGCAUUCCCUACUGCAGACUUUCUCGGAAGAAGAAGAGAGCUUAUUGUAGCAGCUGUCUUGUACAUUAUUGGUGGAUUGACUACUGGAUACGCUUCUAACCUUUCAAUUCUCAUACUUGGCCGGCUUCUUUAUGGCAUUGGCAUUGGUUUGGCCAUGCAUGGUGCUCCGCUUUAUAUUGCCGAGACGUCUCCAUCCCAAAUACGUGGAACUUUGAUAUCUUUAAAAGAGCUUUUUAUUGUGCUUGGCAUUUUGCUGGGAUACCUUGUUGGAAGUUUCACGAUUAAUUCUGUAGGAGGAUGGCGUUUCAUGUAUGGUUUCAGUGCCCCAAUUGCAUUGUUAAUGGUCAUAGGCAUGUGGAGCUUGCCACCAUCUCCAAGAUGGUUACUUCUCAGGGCAGUUCAAGGCAAAGGAUCCCUGGAGGAAUACAAAGAAAAGGCUGCUUAUGCCUUGGGGAAACUGAGGGGUCGUACUGUUUAUGAUAAGACAUCCAAGGAGCAAAUAGAAGAUGCUAUCAUCUCUUUGAAGGCUACCUACGAUGAAAAGGAAUCUGAAGGAAGUUUCUUGGACGUGUUUGAAGGAGCAAGUUUAAAGGCUUUCAUAAUUGGGGGAGGUUUGGUUCUUUUCCAACAGAUUACCGGGCAGCCAAGUGUCUUAUACUAUGCCGCUCCUAUUCUUCAGAGUGCUGGAUUUUCUGCCGCAUCUGAUGCUACUAGGGUUUCAGUUGUGAUUGGGAUAUUCAAGUUGCUAAUGACUGGAGUAGCUGUUCUCAAAGUUGAUGAUCUUGGUAGACGUCCCUUAUUGAUUGGUGGCGUUAGUGGAAUUGUACUGUCCUUGUUCCUUCUUGCAGCUUACUACAAAUUUUUAGGAGCUCUCUCCUUGGUUGCUGUUGGAGCUUUGCUUUUAUACGUUGGCUCUUACCAGGUAUCGUUCGGUCCAAUAAGUUGGUUAAUGGUUUCAGAGAUCUUUCCACUGAAAACAAGAGGGCGUGGAAUUAGUAUUGCAGUUUUGGUUAAUUUUGGCUCGAAUGCUUUAGUAACAUUUGCCUUCUCACCAUUGAAGGAACUUUUGGGACCAGAUAAUCUCUUCCUGCUUUUUGGAGUUAUAGCAUUACUUUCACUAGUGUUUAUCCUUAUGAAAGUUCCUGAAACAAAAGGUUUGAGUUUGGAGGAAAUUGAAUCUAAGAUCUUGAACUGAUUUCUCAAAUUUUAUUCAUAUAGUUUAAGUAAUAUGUAAUUGAAUAUCUUCUGUACAUGUUUAUGAAAAGUGUUGAUAUAUUAGUGUUAUUUUUAUA